CUCUAUGCAACCGCGAUAACAUCGAUAUCAAUUCACUCCCUCUGGCAACGCAAGUGCGCCGAAGAAGACCGCGCGCGCAUCCAGGCGCACGUCUCCAUUCUCGAGGACCUCGCCGCGCGGCUGCGCUCGGACGACGCCAUCUCGGGGCAGGAGGUGGCGAAGCUAAGGCAGCUCGCGUCGGGCUCGAAGGGGCUGUACAACGGGCCAUCAGCGGCUGCGGGCGAGAUGGGAUGGCUGGAGGUGCUGUGGGGGCGCAGGCAGUCAGUGGUGGAUCAGACGCGGUCGGAUGAGUAUGAGCAGAGGGAUCUUGAC